AUGUUUCGGAGAUUCAAAGCUAGAAAUGACACAGUGAAAGUCCAGGAUAUUAUUACAAGUUUGAGAGUGAUCCUCUUUGCUUAUGAAGGAGUACCAGGAGAAGAUGGUGUAAACUGGUUCAUCAGUGACAAAGAUAUUGAGGCACAGAUAGGUAAUAACAGAUCAUCUGGAAGAUGGACCCACCGAUACUAUUCAGCCAACAAAAAUGUUACCUGUAGAAAUUGUGACAAAUGUGGCCAUUUGUCAAAAAACUGCCCCUUACCACAAAAAGUCCGUCCCUGCUGCCUGUGCUCGGAGAGAGGACACCUCCAGUAUGCCUGUCCGGCCCGCUUUUGUUUAGACUGUUCUUUGCCUAUGUCUUCCACUCACAGAUGUCUUCAGAGAUCUUCCUGGAAAAAAAGAUGUGAUCGAUGUGAUAUGUUGGGCCACUAUGCUGAUGCUUGCCCAGAAAUCUGGAGACAGUAUCACCUAACGAUCAAACCUGGACCACCCAAAAAGCCAAAGACUCCUUCUGGACAAUCAGCCCUAGUGUAUUGCUACAACUGUGCACAAAAAGGCCAUUAUGGACACGAAUGUACAGAAAGACGAAUGUUUAACCAGACAUUUCCAACAUCUCCAUUCAUCAUCUACUAUGAUGACAAAUAUGAGAUUCGGGAGAGAGAACAGAGAAUAAAACGAAAAGUAAAAGAACUCCAGAAAAAUGGAGAUUUCCCAAGGCCGUUCAAGAGACCUCAUAUGGAAGCAUCAGGCAGUCGGCUCCACCAUGAUAAGAAGAAGAGCCAUGCUAUGUGGAAAAACAAGUGGCCUCGAGAAAGCAAAGAAAUCCAAAAGGAAAUGAUGAAUAGGAACAGAGAGCGGGAGAAGCCCAGAAAGGGUGAUAGAUACCGUAAAGUGGAUGAGGACUUUCCCCGGGGCCCAAAAAUUCACUCUUCAGCUGGCAGUUUUAAAACCCACAAGUCUCACAAGUCUUUUCACCGUUCGUCGCAUUUCCGCAAGCCUAGAGAAGACAAGCUUUCCAAAGAGGGAAGGCGGGGAAAGCAAAAGGAGAAGGAGAGGCAUGUAGAAGAUGAGGGCAAUGAUAAUUUAUUCCUUAUUAAGCAAAGGGAAAAAAAAUCCAAGCUGUGAGAUAGCUUCUGACUUGGCUUUCCCUUUUCAUUUGGUUUUUAUGUCUACAGCAUUCUGUAUUCUCUUUGACUAAAUGCUUAAGUUUUGUUUUGUUUUCAAUUUUUUAAUUUUAGCCAUACUAGAGUUGCUAAACAAAGGCCAUGAAGAUCCCUGUUCUCUAUGAGCCCUAUGAGGGGCUUCCAAAAGUUUGUGGAAAAAUGGAAUUUAAAAAUAAUACAAGUUUUCCAUGAGCUGUUUGAAGCCCUCCUGUGUGUUCUGUUAGGUAAGAAAACAGACGGGCUUCUUUUGUUCCAGUAUGCCAUUUUUACUCAGACUCUUAGGGAGAUUAAGAAUUUAUAUUUUCAAGAGAACUUUUUAAGUAUAUUUUGAGAAAAUGUUAAUUGUAUGUAAUUCAUCGCAAUGUAUUAAAAUUAAAUCCUUGUGGGAAAAGAAGAUAAUAAGAAAAAUGCAAUGUUUUUUCAACAUUACUUUUUUUAACAUUGGAAGAGAUAUUACCUGAAAAUACAAACCCAGCUUUCUUUUCUUGCUUCUGCUGCAGCUGUUGUCAGAAUCUUCCUUUAGACAGACUAUCACAUUUUUACAUUACUAAAAAUGAAGGGAUCGUUGAAGCCCCAAAAAGGCAGGGAAUCGGGCAAUAUGGCAGCUUAGUGAGGACUCCAUCCGGUAUAAAUGUCACAAGAAAGAGUUCCUGAAACAAGUGAAAAAGAGUCAUCCGAAGUUUUAAAAAACAUAAUCACAGUGGCAUAGUUUUUAACAUUUUUGUGGCCACAUUUCAAAACUGUCACUCACAUAUAGAGAUGAAUAGUACACAAGUUUAAAAAUUAUUUUGUUUUCAUAGGUUUUUUAACUGCCACGAAGUUAUUCAAAAUUUUUUGUACUUGUGAACCUUUUAUACUUAUCAAAGCCUAAUGUUAG